AUGAUUCUUACUCCUUUGAACAAUCUGAGAAAUAUAUUUGGACUGGGGAAGCGUGAAGCAGAAGCAAUCAUCUUAGAUGUCAAAUCUCAAGCAUACAGAAAGAGACUUGCAAAAUCCUUUAACACUGAUUUGGCUGCAGCUCCUAGCAAAGCAUCGUUCCUCCAAAAUCUGUGUGAAGAGCUACAGUUUGAUCCUGAACUUGCUAGCAAGAUGCAUGAAGACAUUUACAGACAGAAGCUUCAGCAGUUUGUAGCUGACGGAGAGCUGAGCAAGGAUGAAACAUAAGCUUUGACGGCAUU